GAGGACCAGAAUUUCUCUUUGAAACGCUUUUUAUUCCCCCAAUUGAAAAUUCGUGGAUGAUAUAGAAAUGACGUCGACUUCUAACCCAGCACCAGUGACGUCAUUUGUCUAUGGUACGCCCCAAGCGCAAAAUGAACCUUGUUCUUCCUACCUUGCACCCAUUAAGACGACAGCAAUCAUACAACUGGUUGGAGGGUGUUUACUCGUUGUCUUGGGGAUAGUAGCCAUCAUCCUCAUGGCUAGAAUGUCCUACUUUGCUACAGCCAUCUGGAGCGGAAUACUGAUAUUCGGAGUGACUGGAGUAAUUGGCAUAGUCGCAGGGAACAAUGGAAACAAGUGUUUGGUUCGUACCUACCUCGGUAUGUCUAUUGUCGGUUGUCUCAUGGGGCUCGCUCUCUUUUUUAUGUAUAUGUUCGGCGCCAUCUUGGAAGGGCAGUGGCGUUAUUCAUGGGAGAAUGGCUACUACUACCCCUGGCCUGGAUGCCAGCCCGGGAACUAUUAUUCGUGGAUCCCAAACUGCGCUUACUCAGAGGCCGCAAGAGUGACAUUCAAUUGCUUGAUAUCGAUCACCGGGUGUUUGCUUUUCGUGACCUGUACCGUCUCGGCGUCGUACGGAUGCUGUGCUUCUUGCAAGGGUUACGAGAGUUACUGUAAGAAAUGUUGCUGCAAUGGUAGCGGUUGCGGCCAGUGUUGCACCCCAGCUCCUCAACCGGUCACGGCCAUCUUUCAGGCACAAGGACCUACCGUUGCUACACAGGGGCAUCAGCAAGUUCACGCUCAAGCUGGAAUGUACAUCGUACAGCAAGGACCAGCUCCCGUCAUACAGUACCCACAAGUUGCUAUGCCAAUGCCCGCAACCACCAAUCAGGGCCAAGCACCUUACCACGUUGUGUCUCCAGCCAUUCAGGCCCCGCCCCAACCACAGCCGAUCCCUGGUCACAUGCAUGCUCAACAACCCAACCCUGUUGCUCCGCCCACUUACUACGACGCCGGUCAAUUCCCCCCUGUUGAGCUACCUGAGAGUAAGGCAUAAUGAAUGCAGCCCCAACCCCUCCCUCCUCUCGUGACUUGCGCCCUGUAAUACCUUACACACCAAAUGUUACGAUUAUUGUAUCUCCCCGAAAUCAAAAACCGUAUCCUUCUAUCAAAAAUAAAACCUUUACAAAAAAGUAACUUACGAUUAAUUACGCUGUCGCUCAUAUAGUUGGAAUA